AUGUCAUUUUCAAAAUUUACAUUUCCAGUCCUUUUAAUCUCAACGAUUACGAUUGCUUCUGCUGCAAGUUUCUAUCAAGAAUUUGAUUUAACAUGGGGAGAUGGUCGUUCUAGAAUACUCGAUGAUGGAAACCUUCUUACUUUAUCUCUUGAUAAAUCUUCUGGCUCCGGAUUUCAAUCCAAAAAUAAAUAUCUUUUUGGGAAAAUUGAUAUGCAACUUAAACUUGUACCUGGGAACUCUGCUGGCACCGUCACUGCCUAUUAUCUAUCAUCUAAAGGACGGAAAUGGGAUGAAAUAGACUUUGAAUUCUUGGGAAAUUUGAGUGGUGAUCCUUAUACUCUUCAUACCAAUGUGUUUAGCCAUGGAAAAGGCAAUAGAGAGCAACAAUUUCAUCUCUGGUUUGACCCAACUGCGGAUUUUCACACAUACUCAAUCCUAUGGAAUCCGCAACACAUUGUUUUCUCUGUGGAUGGAACUCCAAUUAGGGAAUUCAAGAACAUGGAGUUAAAAGGUAUUCCAUUUCCCAAAAACCAACCAAUGAGAAUCUACUCUAGUCUCUGGAAUGCUGAUGAUUGGGCAACAAGAGGAGGACUUGUUAAGACAGAUUGGUCCAAUGCUCCUUUCACUGCUUCAUACAGAAAUUUCAAUGCUAAUGCAUGCACUGUGUCUUCUGUUGGAACAUCAUCUUGUAGUGCAACACAAUCUAAUAAGAAUGCUUGGUUCUCAGAGGAAUUGGAUUCUACAAGUUAUCAGAGACUCGAGUGGGUUCAGGAGAAUUAUAUGAUCUAUAAUUACUGCACUGAUAUCACAAGAUUUCCACAGGGUCUUCCUAAAGAAUGCAGCAUGGUAAUAGGGAGUUUAAGAAUUUAG